AUGUCAAUUGUCUAAGCUUCCUUUAAUGAUUUGGUAUCUAUAAUUUAUUUUGAAUAUAUAGUCUACAACAAAUUUUUCAUAUGAUGUUUUAUCAACAAUUUCAUAAGAAAUCUAUUUAUGCUUUGCUAUAGCAAUAAAUAAAAAUAAAACAUAAUUAAUUGCAGGCGAUAAUGAUUAAAUUAAAAUUUUUCAAUUAAAAAAUGGUAAUACAAAAUUGUUGAAAAUUAUUUACAAUUUUGAUAACAUCACAACAUUAAAUUAUUUUAGGUUCAAAUAAAACUUUAUUUCAGGAUCAGAAAAUGGAUGCCUUACUAUUUGGUCAUCCUCUUCAUUUUAGUCUUCAAAAUAUUUAGUAAAAUUGACUUAAUGUUCAAAUACUAUUAAUUGUCUAGUAUUACAUCAAAAUGAAGAUUUAAUUAUUUCAUCUUCUAAUUCUAUUAAUUUUUGGUAUUCCUCUAAAAACAUUAUACAACAUUAAUAAUGGAUUAAUUUUUAGACAAUAUUUCAUGGAAAUGUAGUUUUUUAUGGAUUAUCAUUAAAUAAAAAUGGAAAUAAACUAAUUACUUGUGUAAAUGAUAAUUUUAUUUUGUUAAUGGUUGGUUCUAAUGUAGAAUAAUGGAAAAUCACUUAGAGAAUUAGUGUAGAAAAUUAAGGUGCAAGACUGACAUUUAUUUCAGAUAAAAUAUUUGUAUUUUAACCAUAUUAAUCAAAUUACCUUCAAAUAUUCUCUAACAAUUUGUCUUCAGAACAAUACAUCAAAACAUUAGAUAUUCCAGUAAAAGGAGGUAAUGAAUACUGUUAUGAAUAUUUUCCUUCUUUUUGGAUUCCUUCCAAAAAUAUUAUUAUAUCAAAAAAUGCUCGCUAUAUUAAUAUAAUUUAAAUAUAUACUUUAAAAGAGAAUACUUCAGAACUUAAGUUCAAUUUAAAAUAAAAUAUUUAAUUUGGAACAAAAAGUAUUUUUGGAACUGUUAGUGAAGAUGGUGAAUAUAUAAUUAUUUGGGAUUAUGAAACUAACUAAAUUCAAAUUAGAAAAUAUAAUUUAAUUAUUUGA